AGAAAACGGCUCCCAAUGCCAAGUAAAAGCCUGAGCAGACGCUGAGUAGCUCCAAAGCCCUUAGUGCAGACCUUGCCCCUUCCUCAUCACGGAAUCCUACACGCAAGAUGGGCAGAGAAAACACGACGAGCGAUGACUGGAAUUACACGCUGCCCAACCUGCUGGAGUACCUGGACGGGCUGCUGGAGGGCGGGGGGCAGCCCCACAGCAACCCCAUUCUCCCGAACCCCAAUAAGGAUGCGGAGGCGCCGGCCACGACCCUCUGGGGGGCACUCACCUCCUCCUCAACGCCGCCCACGACGACGACCACCACGCCCGCGCCCAUCAAUAAGCCCAUGUUCGUCAUGAACUUCACCCUGCGGACCACCGUGGACACGCUCCUGCAGACGCGCGUCAACCUGUCCAAGGCCCUGGACCCCCUGACGUCUCCCGCGGCGGCCGGGGGCAGUGUGCUCGGCCUCGACGUCGACCCCUCGGACGUCGGCCUCGGCUUAGGCGUGGCCACGCUGUCCUCCGCCUCGUCCACGUCCUCCGCCUCCUCGUCCUCGUCCUCCUCGCCCGCGGCCUCGUCCUCGGCCAGCACCCCCGACCUCCUCCUCGCCGGGAACGAUUCUCUGGUCACCCUCGACGACUCCUUCUGGCUCGCCGGCGGCAACGACUCGGCCAACCAGAGCCACUUCUUCGGCAACGAGACCUCGGACGGGCUCAUCGUGGACACCGUGGGCAUGGUCAUCACGUCGGUCAUCCUCGGCAUCAUGAUCCUCACUACGGUCAUCGGGAACGUGUUCGUGAUCGCCGCCAUCUUGCUCGAGAGGAACCUUCAACAGGUGGCAAAUUUCCUGAUCGUGUCGCUGGCGGUGGCCGACCUGAUGGUGGCUUGCCUCGUCAUGCCCCUCGGCGCCGUGUACGCGUCUUUAGAGUUCCAUUCUUGGCCUUCAUCCUUGGCCUUCAUUCUUGGCCUUCAUCCUUGGCCUUCAUCCUUGGCCUUCAUUCUUGGCCUUCAUCCUUGGCCUUCAUCCUUGGCCUAUCAUCCUCGGCCCUCCAUCCUCGGCCCUCCAUCCUCGCCCUCCAUCCUCGCCCUCCAUCCUCGGCCUCCAUCCUCGCCCUCCAUCCUCGCCCUCCAGCUGGUCGUCUGCACGUCCCCCUAA